UCCUUGUAUAUAUGUCUAAAUAAAAGAAACAGUAUAAAAGUAGUCACAAUUAAAUAUUACUAUAAUUUAAAUCUUUAAUUAACCAUAUUAAUUAAAAUUGCAAUUUUAGAAAAAGUCUAGAAGAAAAAGGAAAGGAAAAGUAAAAAGAAUUUUAGAUUUAAAAAAAUUGUUGCAAUCUUUUUUCAUAGAAUAGCAGCAAGUUUAAAGAAUCACUUUGGCAUUAAUUUAUAGAAAUUAGGGGAAUAGUCAACAUAAAAAUCACAUUAUUUUAUUAUAUAAAUGAUACUAGUGUUUCUUGCUAUUUAUAUUAUUCAUGCAUUGCUAUUGAUAUUGCUAAUAUAGUACUUUUUAACUGAUGCGAUUAUGUAUUUAUGCACUAUGCUUUUCUACUCUACAGAGUUUUUGAUUUAAUUAAUUUUACAGCUUUAGUAAUGGAUUGCCGGGGAUCAUAUUAUCCUCUAGCAUUUACUCAUAUUUCCUAAAGAUUAUUUAAAUUGGUAUCUAUCACCAGUCGAUUUCAUUAAGAGCAAUUUUAUAGGAAAGUAUAUCAUAAAAUUAGAGCAUACGUACAUCAUGGUUACUCUUAUUUUAGUCAUAUGCUUCCUUAUCGAUAAUAUUAGAUCCUAUAGAAAGUUAUGCGAAUUAGCAAAACAUUUGGAGGAUUUUGAAUAAAGUUGUCCUAUUUGUCUCGAAGAUCUAAUUACCCCAAAUGAAGAGGCUGAAAGAAUUAAGUGUGGUCACUUCUUUCACAACUCAUGUCUAAGUAAAUGGUUUAUGAGACAAGAAGAAUUUACUGUGAACCAAAAUUACACCUACACUUGCCCUUGCUGUAGACAUCCGCUUUCAUGAGAGACGUCUAUUACUAAUUAAUAAUUUUUUGCAAAUAAUAUAUACUAAUAAAUUUACUAUCAAUCUAAAUAACUAACUAACCAACCAACUAAGUACGUAAAUAUAUAGCUAAUAUAUAAUUAGAGGACUAUGAUAUAUAAAUAUGCUUUUAAAAUAGCUUUAGUUGCUUAUUUUCAAUCUCUCCAUUAUAAACUAUAAUCAACUUCUUUGUAAAUCAAAUGAAGAAACAAGCAAACAAACAAAAAAUAAUUGUACUCAAUUUAAUUUAAAAAAAGAAUGAAUAAAUAAAUAAAACAGCUUAAAAAUGUCUAUUGAUAAUAUUUAUCUUAUCAAUUAUUAAUUAAUAAAGAACAAAUAAUUUAAAGAUUUCCUUCUUAAAUUAGUAUGAAAAAAUGUUUAAAACAAAUCAAAAAAAAACAAUCAAACAUAAAAAAUAAAAAUAUUUUGUAUAAUUAAUUUAUAAGUUAUGCUCAUUUUUUAAUUUUUAUUUGUUUUUUUAACAAAUAAUUAAAAAAUUAAAAUUACUUUUAUAAAAUUUUAAUAGUAUCUUGGUUAAAUCUCUUAAAUGUUAAUGUUCAUUUAUUUCUGUAAAAUAAUUUACUCAAUAAAAAUCACUCUACUUAUGUUAAUAUCAAAAAUAUAGCAAGCAAAAUCUGUUUUUUGUAACUAAAAUGUUUGGUUUUA